AUGGACCCAGCAGCAUCCGCACCCUCCCAGGAGUUUCGGGAGGAAUUAAUUGACACUGCUUCGAGGACUUCAUCCUCAACGAGCUUCAUCUUCACCCUCCAGCCGCUACCGCUUCCCAACCCAGCCCGGCGGCGAAUGUUUUGCUCUGCCCGCCGGGGAAUCUGCGGCCUGGCACGCCGGAUGUGGAAUUACCCGGCCGGUCAGUGCUAUCCCCCAGAGGGAAGCGACGUUCACGCCGCCGACGCCCAUCGCCACAGCCGUGUCCUGAGACUUCUGAGUUGCCGGCUGUGCUUCACCAACAACUACCACCACUGCCCUAACAACAACUACAAAUGCCCCAACAACUACCACAGCUGCUCCUACAACAACCACCACUGCUCCAACAGCAACCACAACGGCUCCAACAACAACCACAACUGCUCCAACGACAACCACGGUUGCUCCAACAACAACCACUGCUUCACCAACAACAAACACAGUUUCACCAACAACUACCACCACUGCCCUAACAACAACUACAACUGCUCCAACAACUACCACAGAAGCUACUACAACAACCACCACUGCUCCAACAACAAAAACAACUGCCGCUACAACUACCACAGUUGCUUCAACAACAAUCACAACGGCUCCAACAACAACCACCGGUGCCCAAACAACAACCACAGUUGCAGCGACAACCACCACAACUGCAGCGACAACAACUACAACUUCACCAACAACUACCACCACUGCCCUAACAACAACUACAACUGCCCCAACAACUACCACAGCUGCUCCUACAACAAGCACCACUGCUCCAACAACAACAACUGCCGCUACAACAACCACAGUUUCUCCAACAACAACCACAACGGCUCCAACAACAACCACAGCUUCACCAACAACAACAACAACUGCAGCAACAACCACAACUUCAGCGACAACAAAAACCACAACUGCUCCAACAACAACCACAGCUUCACUACCAACUACCACCACUGCCCUAACAACAACCACAGCUGCAGUGACAACCACCACAACUGCUCCAACAACAACAACCACAGUUGCUCCAACAACUACAACAACAGCUGCUCCAACAACAACCACAACUGCCCAAACAACAACCACAACUGCCCCAACAACUACCACAGCUGCUCCUACAACAACCACCGCUGCCCCAACAACUACCACUGCCCCAACAACUACCACAGCUCAACAACAACUACAAUUGCCCCAACUACCACAAACCACAACUGCCCCAACAACUACCACAGCUGCUCAUACAACAACCACCACUGCUCCAACAACAACCACAGUUGCUCCAACAACUACAACAACAGCUGCUCCAACAACUACAACUGCUCCGACAACAACCACAACUGCCCAAACAAAAACCACAACUGCCAAAACAACAACCACAACUGCUCCAACAACAACAACCACAACUGCCCCAACAACAACCACAGCUUCACCAACAACAACCACAACUGCUCCAACGACAACCACGGGUGCCCAAACAACAACCAAAACUGCUCCAACAACAACCACAAUUGCCCCAACAACUACCACAGCUGCAGCGACAACCACCUCAACUGCCCCAACAACAACAGCCACAGCUGCUCCAACAACUACCACAACUGCUCCAACAACAAUAGCCACAGCUGCUCAAACAACAACCACAACGGCAGUGACAACAACCACAACUGCAGUGACAACUACCACAGUUGCUCAAACAACAACAACAACAACUGCUCCAACAACUACAACUGCUCCAACAACAUCCACAGCUGCCCAAACAACAACCACAACUGCUCCAACAACAACCACAGCUUCACAAACAACAACCACAACUGCAGCGACAACAAC